AGGAACCGUUCUCGAGUGGCAUUAUAUACUCUUGCUUCACUCCUACGAAAGGCUGCCAAUCCAUAUCAAAUUUUUCAGGCGGAGAAAAGACCAUGGCUGCUUUAAGUCUUUUAUUCGCUACACACAGUUAUCGGCCAGCACCAUUUAUAAUCUUUGAUGAAAUUGAUGCAUCGUUGGACAACCACAAUAUCAAACAGGUGGUGCAUUAUAUUCGGAGGAAAUCAAAGUCACAGCAGAUAAUAGUGGUUUCACAUAAAAACCAGUUUUUCUCGAAAGCCGAAGCUCUUAUUGGGAUUUGUUCAAACGUAUGUUAAGUUUAGGAAAUUUAUAAAUAUCUGUCCAGUUCAGAUUACGUUUAUAAAAUUUCUGGUGUAUAUAACUUUCUUUUAAUUUUCAGGGUAAAGAUCCCAUACAAAGCAAUGUUUUCACUGUCGAUCUGACUCGGUAUUCACGUGCCAGAAA